AAAUGAGAGCAGAUUUCUUGCUUCAUGUUUGGCUGCCAUAAUUGAUACCGAUUCCAGAAACGUAUAGCCAGAAGUGAGUCAACAGUUAAAUGGAACAGAGAAGAGGAAAAAAAAAAAGUCUCAAGAACUCUUCUAAGACAGUAAUAGGCCCCAUCUGGAAUUUUCCUCUCCUCUGUAAGAGCUUUUGCAGUUAGAGUGCAGUGUGGCUGGAUGGAGCUCUGGUUUGCAUGCUGCCGGCUGAGGGUCACUCCAAGUCCACCCCGUGCUCAGCUAUUUCCCUUACUGGCCUUUGAGUUAGAGCAUGGAAGACCCCCUGCCAGAAUAGAAAUGUUUAGACACAGAAUUUUAUUGCUGAAAGGGAUCUUACAGAUCAUUAUACCACAGAGAUUCCCAAGCCUUUUCAAGUGUGAGAACCCCUUUUCAAUCUCAAUGUUUUUUGGAUUCCCAUGUAGUAGGACUUAAACUUGUAGUAUGCAUGGAUUGAGAAGGUAUAUAAUGACAAUAUGCCACUAUGAGUUCAAUAAUCAUUUGCAUGAAUUUAAACUUCGUUAAUCAGAACAGCAGUUACAUAAAUUUGAAACAAAUAGCUAUACCUGUAUGAGUGAGACAUAUCAUGUAUUUCAUCUAUAGCCUACUAGGUAUACAAAUGGAUUUGGAGAUCCCAUGAAUUUGGAGGGCCCUGGGGACCUGCACCUUGGAAACCAUUGAUCUAAUCCAGUCUCCUGUUUUAACAGAUGAAGAUAAAUGUGGUUUAUGGAUAUUAAGUGACUUUCUAAGGAUACAGCUAGUUGGUGGCAGAGUCCGGUUCAUUGACACCUUUUCCACUGUGCCUCAGCUGUCUUAAACUUAUCUGAAAUUAUUAUUCAUCCAGAUCAGCAGAGAGAGGUACUGUAAAUGAACUAGCUCAGAGGAAACUAUGAUUGUGUACCACACACAGGAAAACAUGCUCCUGUAUAUAACAAUAACAAAACAGAUCAAUUAGAUUAAUUAAUUAGUUUGUAUAUAGAAUUAAUUAGAUUGUAUGCAGUUAAUUAGAUUGUAUAUAGAAUUCUUGCAUAACUUGUCUCACUUGACAAUUACAUAUUUCUUGAGGAUUGUAAGGAAGUAGAGACCUGUGUUAGGUACUUUAUAAACUGUGGAGUGAAUAUGAAAAAUGUUGACUUUCUGGCCACAAAUAAUAACCCCUCUCAAAAAAAAAUGCAGAGGAAGAAUUAAAAACCUUAAAUAUUAUGGGUUUUUGGCAAUGAACGGGCACAAAAGUCAGCAAGAAUGGACAUCCUCAACUUCUGCCAAGUCAGGAGGAGCAGUUCUGGCUGCUGAGUUGAGAAGAGAAAUGAGAAAAAUCACCAGCCAAAUAAUACAUUCUAAUACUGGCAGACACAGGAGGGGGAGUGUGUCAGAGAUAUUAAAAAGCCAUUCAGUGUGAGAAUGAUGCGAUUCAGCUGGGGAAAGAAGAAAAGAACAAUUGAUAUUUCCUGGAUAUUUAUUAAUGUUUAGAUACAAGAGGUUGUACUGAGAGUCGCCAAGUCUUCAGCCUGUUUUCUCUGAGGGCUUGAUACGACGUGAAAGAUGCUGAACAGAGUGCGGUUCAGAUCCGUGCUCUCCCUGGGUGACCCAUUUCUGCCAGUACUGCACUGGGUUAGAAAACUUCACGGGUUUCCUAGACUAGCUUUAGGUCUCUUUUGAUCUGGAUGACCCUUGGGAGUCUGAGUUGGUUUUGAUUCCUGUGAAAAUUUGGGUCAUUUGGGGGUAGAUCUUGCCUGGUCCAAUCAUAUCUUUUGUGUGGAUAUGGUAAUAAUGAGGGUCCAUUCAGUUAUAGCCAAUAGUGUCUCAAGAAGGUCAAGGCUACUUAUCUAGUUAUGCUGUGUAUCUGUUUUCCAUAGAUAGAGGAUCUAUUUCAUGAGCAAAGUUUGCCAUCUUCAUUCCAACCAAAUGAUCUGAAACUAUGAGCUGCAAAAGGAAUCUUAAGGGAAAAUAGGGCUGAACGUGAGCAAAUCCAUUCUCACCACCGGAAGCUGUAACUCCACCUGCAUUGUCUCUGGGGGACAGCCCAUCUGACUGAGUACUUAGAGAAACAGAGUAGAUAUAACUGAUAUUGACAGAAAAGUUGUACAAACAGAUCGUGAUUAAUUCUGUAGUCCUUACAGCUGAAUAUAACAAAGCUGGGGUCCAGGGACUGUUGCUUUGCCUCCAUGUUCUCUACCCGCUUGUUCCCGAGACUCUAGGUGUCAGAGGGAGGGAAUGGCGUUUGCCAUAGAGCAGAACCCUGCCUCUUCUGAGUAACUCGCCUGUUAGCGCUGCAGUGCUGGCAGCGGUCCUGAGAAGGGCUCUGCAACGUGGGCUGGUUAGCAGGAGCAUUUUCACUGCAGGCAGGUUCCGUUGCCUUGGUGAAGUCCCCACGCAUCUGAAGAGUGGCUCAUCUGUUUCCGGCUGGGGAUCGCUUGUGCUCACCCAGGCACCCAUGAGAAACCUGGGAGACUGGUGAGCAGGUGCUGGCUGAACCGGGAACCUUUAAGAAUCAGCCAACAAAAUAGAUAAUUUUACUCAGUACAAUUCCAGGAGGACUAAGUUUUGGAGGAAAUGCUGUCAGAGAAGCGUUUUCAGUGUCAGGGGCCUAGGGCAGGAAUGGUGAGUGGAGAAGGAGGAGGGAAGAGGAAGAACAGAACGAAGCAGUGAGGGGGCAAGGCUGUCUCCACUACUCCUCUGCUUAUGGGUGAAUGAAAAUGGCCACCCCAGCCCUGAUUGGACAACAUCCUUCAUUUCACACGUCAGCAAUCAUGUAUUGCACAGCGAUGUACAGCUAUCAAGUACCACUUUUCUCAGCCGAUACGCUUACGAAACAUUCCUUUCAAUUUGACCAAGACAAUCCAGCAAGAUGAAUGGCACCUGCUUCAUUUAAGAAGAAUCACUGCUGGCUUCCUGGGCAUGGCUGUGGCCGUCCUGCUCUGUGGCUGCAUUGUGGCCAUGGUCAGCUUCUUCUGGGAGGAGAGCCUGACCCAGCAUGUGGCCGGACUCCUUUUCCUCAUGACAGGAAUAUUUUGCACCAUUUCCCUCUGCACUUACGCCGCCAGCAUCUCCUAUGAUCUGAACCGGGUCCCGAAGCUCAUUUAUAGCCUGCCUGAUGAUGUGGAACACGGCUACAGCUGGUCUAUCUUUUGUGCCUGGUGCAGUUUAGGCUUUAUUGUGGCAGCUGGAGGUCUCUGCAUCGCUUACCCAUUUAUUAGCCGGACCAAGAUUGCACAUCUAAAGUCUGGCAGGGACUCCACGGUAUGACUGUCCAUACUCAAGUCCACUGCUUGGUGGCCCGUCCACAGUGCGGACGAACCUUGAAGGGGACGGAGCAGAGCCUGAGUCAGGAUCCCAAGCACAAAAUCGGUCUUGUACAUUCCAGCCUGUUGCCUGCCAGCCCCUUCUGGAUGACUGAUGUCAAAUCAUGCAGAACCUCCAUCCUUUCUAAGGACAAGACUACUGUGGAUUCAAGUGCUUUAAUGACUAUUUAUGCUUUGACGGCGAGGAGUAGGGAGCAGAGCCGUGGAACAUUUCUGGGUUCAGAAAAAGAGGAAACCGCAAUGGAAAAAUUUGUAUGAUUGCCAUUUAUUUCAGAGAGUUUGUACAUAACAAUUACCCGAGAGUCAUUUCUAUUUGCAAAAGGAUUCAUGACAAAGCGAGUAUAAUUUUCUUGUCAUUGUACCAUGCUUGUUAAAUUUAAUGCAGCACCUUCAGAACUUGUCCUAGUGGUGUCUUGUUGUGUCAGCACCAAACAUUUGUGCAUUAUUUGUGUAUGUUUUUUGUCACAGGGAGAUUCUUCUGUUGCCUUAUUUAUUUUUAAUUGAAGUCUCUUCUCCAUCUUUGUACUGGAAUCAAAAUCAUAAGAGAAACAGAUCAACCCUGGAAGAGCUAACCUGUAAUGCUAUGCAGUAUUGUGGGAAGUCAUAUCUGUCGUUCGACCUGUCUCUUUACGUUAACUGGAUUUCUGCAUUAAAUGACUGCCCCCUUGUUAA